UAUGAAGUUUUUUAUUAAAUGAUAAUAUUUUAGACUAUUUUCUCAAUUUUCUCCAUGAAGGAGAAUGAAAUCGCUUUAACAUUUAUUAAUAGGAUAGGUUUGGAAAAUAUUAAGAAUGAGGAAAUUUAUGAAUCUAUUAAAAAUUGUCUUUUCAACACUGAAGUCAAAUCAACAAAUUCCUUAAAUGUAUCACAAGCUCCAAAACUUCAAAAUGAAUCAAAUAAUUUUAACACCUCAGGUGAAAGAGUAAAAUUUAAAAAGGAUUCUUCCAGCCUUAAAAGUUCAAAUUUGCAAGAUGAAAACUUAAUUCAAGUCCAGCUAUUACAACACUUAGUCUAUCUCAGAAAUGAAUCCAACGACGAUACACAUGAUUCUUCAUUUAAAGAAGACCUCAAAUCAAAAUCACUUUUAGUUUUCUCAAAGAAUUUGUUAAUUGAAUUUAAGAGGAGUAGUAGUUGGUAUUCAAUUCUAGAUGACACACCAGAAGAUGAGCCUGAACAGACUUUGAAAGGGAUUGACAGGUUAUUUGCACUGGUAUUAUGUUUAGUUAAGUUGGAAAAAUACACAAACAGUGAAUCCUCAGUGGUUUCUCUAUUGGCGAACAAUGUUUUAUUCAGUUUCAGAUACACAUUUCAGUCUGAAACGAGCAAUUUAUCAGUGGUUGAUCAUCCUGAGUGGGCUAUAGAUUACAUGAAAAAUUGUGUAAAAAAAUACAUGAGAGUGUUUAAAAACGUAAAGAGUGAAUUGAAAUUUGAUACCACAAAAUAUUUUAAUUCACUAGUACCACAACCUUAUUCUGAAGAUCCAAGCCUACUAGAGGAGUUCACCACUUUAUGUAAAGAGGUGGGAAUGGAUGAAAUUAUUUCAAAUUGGUCAAUGUUAUUGGCAAGGGAGACUAGAUUAUUUGUGUACAGUAGGUUACCAUUUCUGGUAUAUGAUUACUUUUUGGAAAAUGACUAUAACAGAUUAGAGUUGUCACAGUUAACAAAAGUAAUUGGGAAACCAGACUCCUCAAAUCUCCUCGAGGUUAGUAGGUCAACCUUUGAAGACGAAAAAGUCAACAGUAUUAUCUAUACUAUGAUAAAUUCUUUGGUUAAUUUUGGAAUGUAUUUGAGGAGUUUUGAUCAGUCUUCAAGCUAUGAACUGUUUUCAGAUUUUGACAAUAAUACUCUAAUUCCAUAUAUAAUGAUUCAACUAUAUCACUAUCCACUUGGAAAUGAAGAUAAUCCCGCAAUUCCAGAUAAUUUAAAUCAAUCAGAGUUAAACGGCAGUCUGGAAGAUUUUAACCCUAGUACCUCUGGUGAAAGUGGAAAUUCUGAUCCUUUAACAGACAAACAUACUAAGAUGGACAAAUUUGAUAGUAAGAUAAUGUUGUGUUUUGACUCUAAUAUUCUAUUUGGAUGUUUAGACGCUUUGUUGGAAAUGGAAAAUGUACACGUAAUGAACUUAAUGAGGAGAUUGGUAAGUAUUGAAUCAUUUAGUGAUUCUAUUGGUGUUCGGUCAGGAUUAACAGCGAAUAUGUAUUUACAGGACCGCCAAUUCCUAUCACAAGUAUCCAAUCUCCUAACAUCUCUUUUAAAUAGAAUUGAACUCCGCUGUCAAUCCUUAAAGUUCCUGGAAUCUAAAAGAAAAUAUGUCACUAAAGUAAUUGUUCCAAUGUUAGACUACUUUGUGGAAAAUGUAAAGCAUAUUUGGAACUCACUGGAUAGUAUACUAGAGUCAUGUACAAUUUCAUGUCUUCUCAUGGAAUCUGCCACUUCAUUACAUGAGUUUUUUCUAGAAUUCCCACUCUCUGAACUCAUGCCAGAGUCGUUGUCAAAACUCGAAACUGUUAAUCAGAAGAUGGUCACAAUUUUUGAUCAAUACUUCGUGGAACUCUACUACGACACAUUCAAACACGUACACAGACAACCUCUUGAAGUUCUCAAUACAAUCACACACAAACUCCUACAAAUAUGUGCGUUGUGUAGUUAUAAGAAUUAUAAGAAGAUAGUCACGUGUGUUUUGGGAUCGAUGGAGAAGUUGUUGGUAUCAAUUCUGAUACCAAAUAAGUCAAUAGAUUUCAUACUAGAGGAUGAAGAUGACGUAGAAACCGCUCUUAACAACUGUCAAUUUAUGUUAGACUGUGUGAAGAAGUUGGUGGAGCCACUGGAUUACAAGGAGACCAUGCAGAUGGUACAGGAUAUGGUAGUAAUCCUGAGUAUGGAGACUGUAGAGUUGAAUACUUCUGCGGAAUACUUAAACUUACUAGGAACAACUAGAAUUUCAGGGAAAACUAGUGAUAAACACACUCAAGAAUCCAGCCUAAACAAGAACAGUGAAAUGGCAUCUGACACCUUCCUUUCUAGUGUAAUUUACGAUGAUUUUGAAGGAGAUAUACCAGAAGACAUACACGAUAGUCUAAUCGUCUCGAAAAUAAAAGAAAAACUAAAAAUUAGAAAAUUAAGUUUAUCCCAGACUUACACAUUAAUUAUCCACAUACUCUCGGGAACAGGUUCAGACCAACUCCCACCAGAGGAGUGCUAGCGCAAAUUCAUAAAAUUAAUUUAUUAUAAUUUUCGUA